CCACCUGGAAUGUCGACAGACCGGUGUGACGCCCGUGGCUCUCACCAUGGUUUCCCAGGCGGGCAAGCUGGCCCUCCUCUGCCUUCUCCUCAGCCUGCAGGGGUCUCUGGCUGCAGUCUUCCUCACCCAGGAGGAAGCCCACGGAGUCUUGCACAGGCAAAGGCGCGCCAACUCGUUCCUGGAGGAGCUGAGGUCCGGCUCCCUGGAGAGAGAGUGCAGGGAGGAGCAGUGCUCCUUCGAGGAGGCCAGGGAGAUCUUCCAGGACACGGAGCGCGCGCCCUUCUCCUCAGCAUACUAACACUGAAGCACUCCGCAGAUGGGGACCAAUGCGCCUCGAACCCGUGCCAGAAUGGAGGCUCCUGCGAGGACCAGCUCCAGUCCUACAUCUGCUUCUGCCUCGACGAUUUCCAGGGCCGGAACUGUGAGACAAAUAAGAAGGACCUGCAGGUCUGUAUGAAUGAGAAUGGAGGCUGUGAGCAGUACUGCAGUGACCAUGCCGAGGCCGGGCACUCCUGCUACUGCCAAGAGGGGUACGCGCUCCAAGACGAUGGGGUGUCCUGCAUGCCCACAGUGGAAUAUCCGUGUGGAAAAAUACCCAUUCUGGAAAAGAGAAAUGGCAGCGACUCCCAAGGCCGAAUUGUGGGCGGCAAGGUGUGCCCCAAAGGGGAGUGUCCCUGGCAGGCCAUCUUGAAGGUGAAGGGGGCGCUGUUGUGCGGGGGCACCCUGCUCGACGCUUCCUGGGUAGUCUCGGCCGCGCACUGCUUCGAGAAACUCAGUAACUGGAAAAACCUGACGGUGGUAUUGGGCGAGCACGACCUCAGCAAGGAUGAGGGCGAGGAGCAGGAGAGGCACGUGACCCGGGUCAUCAUCCCCAACAAGUACAUCCCCCGCCAGACGAACCACGACAUCGCCCUGCUGCACCUGAGCAGGCCCGUGACCUUCACCGACCACGUGGUGCCACUGUGUCUGCCUGAGAAGGCCUUCUCCGAGAGGACGCUGGCCUCUGUCCGCUUCUCAACCGUCAGUGGCUGGGGCCGGCUGCUGGACAGAGGCGCCACGGCCCUCCAGCUCAUGGCCAUUGAUGUGCCCCGCGUGAUGACCCAGGACUGCCAGCAGCAGUCUCGCAAGUGGGUGGGCUCCCCCGUCAUCACCGAGAAUAUGUUCUGUGCCGGCUACCUGGACGGGAGCAAGGACGCCUGCCAGGGGGACAGCGGGGGCCCGCAUGCCACCAAGUUCCAGGGCACCUGGUACCUGACGGGCAUCGUCAGCUGGGGGGAGGGCUGUGCGGCGGAAGGCCACUUUGGGGUGUACACCAGGGUCUCCCAGUACAUCAAGUGGCUGCGCAGGCUCAUGGGCUCGAGCACAACCCUGACAGGCCUCCUCCGGGCCCCGCUGCCCUAGCCCCAGGGCCAGCGCCGGCCCAGGAAUAAAGCUGCUUCCUGUCCCUCCCUCA